AUGGUUGAUGUGUUUGAAAUGAAUUCCAUGGAGCUGGUCAAACAGAGUAAACAUGCUAAUGGCGGAGAUAUUUGGGCUGAAUUGAUCGAGAUUGGGGUUGAACCAAGUUCUUUGUCUCUUGUAUACAUGUACCUUGUUAAGAAUGCCGAUGCAUUGAAAGCUUUUAAUGGAAUUCCAAUCAAUAAGCGGAAGGAAAUGUUACAUCUCAUUGUUCCAGACUAUGCCUUUUGA